UUUUCAUGCUUCAACAAAUGCCCCCCACCUUUUCAAGCUUGUGAAUUAAACAAGGUGGAAAAAGGUGCCGAUCUCCUUUCACGAUUCCGACCUUCAUAUCGCCGUCAAGGGUUUGAUCAUCAAAGAUCCGAGAUCAUGGGAAAAACGAGCGAGCCAUUGAUUCAUCCCGAUGAUAAAACUUUAGGCGUAUUUAGAGGACUCUCUUUAAUGCGUUCACCUCCGAUAUUUGGACGUUCCGCCGAACCCGCAAUUCCUUAUGAGACGCCUAUGUUAAAAGAAUGGGCGAUAUUUAAACAGAAACAGUUGUUGGGUCGUUUUGGGGUUGACUAUUAUGCUCCUGAUGGUGACGGCGAUGUUAUAUUAUUGCCUCCAUUAGGUCCUCCGAAAGAAAGAGACACGUUACAAUCUCUCGGGUAUAAAAUACUUAAUGAUCACCCUGGAUGGUGUGGAAUGAGUAGAGUUUUUGGAGAUAGCAUUGAGGUAGAAGGUUUGAUUGAAUGGGGAAAUUAUACUAUCUCUCAUUAUACUACUCAGUUACGUCGUGCUGGCAUUUUGGGGGGUAUCGUAGCUUCACGGGGGAAGUACAGUAAAAACAUCAAUAUCAUUAAGGCAUUGGUGGAGCUAUGGUGUUCGGAGACAAAUACUUUUCAUCUUCCAUAUGGUGAGGUUGGGAUUUCUUUAUGGGAAAUUAGAGAACUUAGUGGGCUUCCAAUUAUCGGCGAUAUGUAUGAUGAGUAUAUCCCUCCAAAUUCUGAACUUUAUAAUAAAAACAAUUAUCCCAAUUGUGUUAGGGAGCUCUUUGAUAUUUAUCAAUGGCUUAUGGCUCGAUCUUCUAACAAGCGUGUGCGGUAUGAUUUAUGGGUAAAUUUCUUUUACACAAGCUGUAAGAAGUUGAAUCGAUCUAAGUCUCGGAAUAUAAGCAAUAGAGAACUCGCUCCCUCAUAUACAGAAGAUACGACUCGAGCGGCCUACAUUUCCUUAUGGCUAUGCAACUUUGUAAUGCCUUCUGGGUUAGAUCAUUUCAUCAGGCCGGAGACAUUUAUUAUGGCUUCUAAGCUAGCGUUAGGUGAGAGGGUUGCCUUAGCCCCUGCUAUUCUUUGUGCUAUUCAUGCUGGCUUGUCUUUUAUGAGUGACCACCCCGAAGGUCCUGCGCAUCCUGGGCCUCAAUUUCCUGUUAAUUUUUUGUAUGCGUGGAUUGGUCUUCAUUUUGAACAAACUUAUUCUAGAAAGAUGAUCAGUGAUAAUAUCAAGAACAUUGCCGGCUUACGAAGCCCUCCUCAAAUGAUAUUUUUUAUGGAUGCGGCGGCUUCUCCUUUUAAUGCUAAGCGAGCACGGAUUCAUCUCAGAUCGAGCGCCCAUUUUGUGUGGCGUCCCCUGCCAUAUUCUUAUUCUUUUGUUAAUGAUGGUUGGUUUUAUGAUGCAAAAUUGGCUCCAGGAGAGUGUAAGUAUCCGAGAGAGGUCUAUGAAUAUAUAAUUUCUAUCAGACAGAGUGUGCUUCCACUUCGUUUGGGGAACAAAUUGCACACAGCCGUAUAAUCCUCAUCGUUUUGCUUGACAAUUUGGCUUCGAUCAAUCUUUU